AUGGCUAUCGCACCGAUCACUGGAAUGCUGCGGCGACAGCUCAUCCUUGACCUCGGCGUCGGUCUUGGAUCUGGAUUCAUCAUGGCCAACUGGUACUGGUACGGCUACCACAUGCCCCGAACCAACGGCCGAGACGCCUACUACGCCAAGAAGGAGGCCGAGCGUGCCGCCGCGGCGUCACAGUAA